AUGCAGCCAGCAGUAGCAGGUGACAACAACGGAGUUCCUACCGCCUGCCAGGGGUCAACCGCCUGCCCCGCCUCCUCCCACAGCCGUAAGCUCCGUCGCAGUUCGCCUUCCGCCGUUCUAUGGAACCCGUCGAUAUGGUUCAUCGAAGCAGAGACCCAGUUUCAGCUGGCUGGCAUUUCACAGCAGCUUACCAUGUAUCGUCACAUCGUCGCUGCCCUUCCUCCAGAGAUUGCGAUGGAAGUGGCAGACGUUCUUCAGGCCCCACCGCCUCGCGAUCAGUACUCCCAUCUCAAGACCGCCAUCCUGGAUCGCACCACGCUAACUGAGCGGAAACGGCUGCAGCAGCUGCUUAACACCGAAGAGCUCGGCGACCGCCGCCCAUCCCAGCUGCUACGUUCCAUGGAAGCUUUGCUCGGGGACCGCGCCCCCACUUUCGACGCACAGCUUCGCGAGCUCUUCAUGCAGCGCCUUCCGUCUCAGGUCCAAAUGAUUCUGGCUGCCGCGUCAAGCCUGCCGCUUGCCAACCUCGCAGAACAGGAAUACAAACUUAUGGAAGCUGUCGGCCCUGGUGUCUCUACGGUCACGCAGCCAUCCCCAGAUCUUUCGGCCACCGACGUCAAGGCCCCGAUUGUGCACCUUAAGACGACGUCCACGCACGUCUGGACACCCUUUCUGCGGACGUCUCCCACCUGCGCGCAAGCAUUGAUGCUCCUGCCAAUGCCCAUACAGACCGUCGACGAUAACUCAGGAAGCCACUCAGGAAGCCGCAGUUCCCAAUCUCGCCGACGCUCGCCUUUCCCACGCUCUGGAGAUUCCACAUCCACUCCGUGGUGCUGGUACCACCAUCGUUUCGGCAACAGGGCUGAACGCUGUACCCUCCCCUGCGGAACAAGCUACUUCUCGACACAUGCACAAAGCUUUCCGUAG